CUCCGGCAGCAUCACUAGCAGCUCCGCCGUGCAAAUAAAACGAAAGCGGGCCACGGAGGACAAACCCCGGCGGUGUUUGCGGCUCCAGCAGCGCCGGUGCACCGGAGCAGUGAGAUGGGAGACCAGAAGGAAUCUCUGCGUAAGAUCACCCACACGCUGGCCACGAAGAAUGACGAGAUUUCCAACUUCAUCUGCGGCCUCAAACAGAGCCUCGACAACUUAGAGGCCAACUCCUCUCGAGUGCAAGAGGACCUGGACUCUGAGUUCAGCUCCCUGCACUCUAUCCUGGAUGACAUGAAGGAAAACAUGAUGACACGCAUCAAACAGGAGAGAGCCAGCCGCACAUAUGAGUUACAGAGUCAGCUGAGCGCCUGCUCCAAAGCCCUGGAGAGUUCAGAAGAGCUGCUGGAGCUGGCUAACCAGACGCUCUGCUCCUCUGAGACGGACGGGUUCAAUCAGGCGGCCAAAGACAUUAAGGAUAGCGUGACAAUGGCUCCGGCCUUUCGCCUCUCCCUGAAGGCUAAAGCCAGUGACAACAUGAGUCACUUGAUGGUGGAUUUCAGCCAGGAGAGGGAGAUGUUGCAGGAGCUCAAGUUUCUCCCAGUUCCUGCCACUCCAGAGAUCCAGGUGUCAGAGUGCCAGGUCUGUGACAACACAGUGACUAUAGUCUGGACCUUACCGGAGCCUGACGGCAAGAUUGACCACUACAUACUGGAACACCGACGCACAAACCACGAGGGUCCCCCACGUAUCAGAGAGGACUACCCCUGGAUGGUGUUGGAGGGGAUACGAGAGAUGGAUCACACGCUCACGGGUCUGCGCUUUGAUACCCGGUACAUGACAUUCAGAGUGAAAGCGUGUAACAAGGCUGUUGCGGGAGAGUUUUCAGAGCCCAUUACACUAGAAACUCACGCCUUCACCUUCAAACUGGACUCAGGUUCAUCCCACCAGAACCUGAAGGUAGAAGACUUGAGUGUGGAGUGGGACAGCAGUGGUGGAAAAAUACAAGAAAUCCGAAAGGAGAAGAACCGAACUAACUCCCCGAUGCACUCUCCAGCCAGGUUUGUAUUAGCGGCAUCACUGAUGUCACCUAAGAGAGCACCGACGGCCCGGGUCGGCAGAGACAGGUUUACAGCAGAGUCCUACACAGUGCUGGCUGACACCAUGAUCGACGCCGGCCAGCAGUACUGGGAGGUGCGGUUCGACAAGGAGAGCAAAGCUUUUGCGGUGGGCGUGGCCCUGCGGAGCCUCGGACGUUUUGACCAGCUGGGGAAAAGCAGCGCCUCCUGGUGCAUCCAUCUGAACAACUGGCUACAGCAGAGCCUCACAGCCAAGCACAACAACAAGGCUCGAACACUGGACUGUCCAAUCCCAAGCAGUAUAGGAGUCUACUGCAACUAUGAAGAAGGUGUACUGUCGUUCUUCAAUUCCAAAACAAAGCAACUGAUGCACACCUUCCGAACCAAGUUCCAGCAGCCAGUCAUACCAGCUUUCAUGGUGUGGAACGGCAGCUUCUCAGUAGUGACGGGCCUGCAGGUUCCCAGCGUGGUGCAAAGUGGCCAGAGGAAAAACAGCGGCACCAGCAGCUCCAACGCCAGCCUCACUUAGACUCACCCACCCAGCGAGCUGGACGCCUGCCUCCCAGCUCUGCCUGACCACAGUCACUGCUGCGGAUCAUUACCUCUGCCGCUUGGCUGCGGUCAAAGCCAUAUCAUGGAAGAGUAAAAUCACUGGAGUAUGAUGGUCUAGCCUGUUCCAAACACUGCGUCUGUGUUGCAUGACAACAAAAAAGUGUUUUAUUUAGGGGGGGAACAAGUGAAUCAUUUGCGCUUUCAGUGACAGAAUUAUUCAGAUGUAUGACUCUGGCUAUCGUUGACGCUUGGGACACAUUAGGUGUAGUCUUAUUAGUUCUCCUCUCUCUAUACAUUUCUUUAGCACUGUCUCACUGCUGCUAGAGCAAAGAUUUAGCGCUGGCCGCUGCCCUUCCUCUCCAUCACCAAAACUGUCAGCCGUACUGUCACGCAGCCAGCUGCGGGUGAAGGGUCAAGCCCUGUCCUGUCUGCUCUCUCCCUGUGCCUUCCUCCUCAUGUCCAAACUGAUAGGUGCAAUCGGGUGAUGCGUACUGACAUGCUAAUACUCCACUGCAAGAAAUGGUCUCCCCAUUUCAAUUUAAAACAAUGUAUCGUGUCAGUGUCAAUAUAACUUGGUUGUAGCUUAGUGGUUAUUAUCACCUACUCAAUCCACCAACCUAUGUAACCCAAAUAACGACCUGCCCCCCGCACAAUGCUACUGAAUAGAAUGUAGUUCAUUACUGAAUCAGGAUUUUUUUAAACUCUUCUUUGCCAGCAGCUACUGGAUUAUAAAUCAAGCAAUGAACAACACGUAUUAGUGACGUUGUUUUUGGAUUUCUUGCCAAGAAAUGAUGCAUGCAAACUUACCAGUGUUCACUGCAUUUCAUUUUGUAGUCAGGGCCCACACUUUUAGUCGAAGAACUGGGUUCCUUAGCCUCCUGAUGAGGCUCUGUUAGUUUUAAGUUAGACUCAGUGAUAACCAUACUCACAUGGAAAACGUGCACAGAAAGUUAAAAGGGGGGCUUUCUUCAGUGUUGCUCCUUAGGAUUUUGGAAAUAACUGUACUGUAUACAUCCUUGUCACCUGACUGCAGCCUAAUGCUUUUAUGUAAAGUAUGUAUGCGUGUCAACCUAACAACAUUUCUU